UUAAUAGUUACUCAAGCACCUCUACACCUCCACACCUCCACAAUAUUUUCCCCAAGGUAUCAGGCAAGCUAUCAAAGGCCUAAAGCCAGAUCUCAGACUUCCUCUCGUAUGAAUAAGAUGAUUAAUCAUUGUUGCUUAUUCAUUAGUAGUUACUCAUUUAUGGUUACGCAUCAGUGACGGCAUUGGGGCUAUAUAGACUCGACAGCUACCUUUUCUAGUCGAGGGCUUUUUUCAACAGCCAUUAUUUUGAUGUACAAAAGUUACCUGGCGCUAUCAAUCGCACAUCAGACACAGAACGUUGCCAGGAGAUAUGUCGGGUCCUAGUACCGUUUUAGUUAUUGGAGCUAGUCGCGGCAUUGGACUUGCAUUGGUGCAGCAAAUAUUGACCUGUUACCCAUCCGCAAAUGUGUAUGCUACUGCUAGAGAUGUUGCAAAGGCUUCUGAUUUGCAAAGCCUCGCAGCUCUUAACAGAGGGAAAUUACAUCUCAUUACUGCCGAUGUUAUGGAUCCAAACUCCAUCAAGGCUGCGGCUGCAGAAAUAUCGCAACGAACUGAUUCCCUUGACCAUGUCAUUUAUAAUGCUGGUAUCUUGAGAGGUGUUGGCAAAAAUAUCCUCGAGAUUGGAAUAGAACCACUGAAGGAGAAUCUGGAGACUAAUGUUUUUGGAGCUUACUAUUCAGCUGUCGAGUUUACUCCUUUUCUGCUCAAUUCGAAAUUCGAAAGGAAGUCGCUUGUCUUAAUGUCUAGCAACUUUGGCUCUAUAGUGCUCGCGGACACGCUGUUUCAGCUUAAAACAGCUGCAUUUGGGACAGAUUUUGAACCUACGGCUAUGUACAACAUAUCGAAGACCACACUCAAUCGACUAGGGAAAGAACUCGACCAAUUGCUUCGACCUCAAGGCGUUCCAGUUUUGUUAUUACACCCAGGGUUGGUCAAGACUGAUAUGAACCCGUUUGGGAACAUCGGCCUUAAAGAAAGUGUGAUCGGAAUCGUCGAUGUUAUCAGUAAAUACUCUGUUGCUACGAAGGAGAAUUAUGUUGGUUGGAAUAGUGAGACUUUGCCUUGGUAGGACGCACAGAGUGGUUGGGCGAAUUUUUAUUCCCUAUGCUUUAAACCACUAGUUAAAGGAUGAUAGAUGGCUCUACGUACUUCUAACAAAUGAAAACAAUCAACUAUAAGCUGCAAAUGAGACGUAGAAAUGGAAGACAUUGUAACGCUGACUUCUAAACGAUAAAAGACACAGAGGUUUCUUACGUAAUGGUUUAACUUAACAGAGGAG